GCAGAAGAUUAUGUCGUGUCUAUUCUUUUUAAGGGGGAGAAAAGGGGAUGACAAGGAAUCCUAAUACUGAGAAGCAGCUUGUGGGUUUAAAUGGCGAAUGUAAACUCUGCGAAGUAAAGGAACUUGCUAGCACAAGUUAGGAAGGAUAUUAUUAAACAAUAUAUCCUCUCCUGUCUCCCUGAACAUCCCCACAAAAGAAGGGGGUUGUUUUUAAAAGGAGGCUGGUUGCCCUGUUUGAAUAACGCUGCCAGAAUUAAGGCAAGAUGGAAAAAAGCACAUAAAAUAAGAAACUUGCUUCAAAUACACGUCUGUUUUACGUAUCCAAGGUCAGGGCCUUUGGACCCGGCUGAAUGUGGCCCCCAGUAUGGAAACCUCCUCCCCUUGCUUUCGCCACCUGGGCUCGGGUAGCGCAUUCGUAGAACAAUAGAACUGUAGAUGUGGGGCCACGGAGGCCAUGUGUGUUUCUCCUUCUGGCCCCAUAGCAGGUGCUGCUGGACCGCCUGCUGCUGCAGCAACAGAGGGACAGAUCCUGCCUGAUCCAGAUCUUGUUGGCUCUUGCUGAGCCAGAGGGUGCCCAGGAAAGAGGCCGUGGCAGAAAGCAGCCGACCUCCGUGGGAGCAGAGUGCAGCAGAGAGGACCCGUCGCCGGCCUUGUGCGAGGCCAUCGCCCAGAUGCUGAAGGAGCCGGGGAGAGCCAGCGGGGCGGAGGGGACAUGGCAGGAUGGUGCCGUCGCGGUGCUGGUGGACCUGCAGCGAGAGCAGCAGGAGGAGCUCAGCCGCACCCUGGAGAGUCUGUCUGGGAUCCCGAGUGACAGGGAGGGAGCCGCUUGCCCUGCCCUCUUUGAGAAACUCCUCGCCCGGCCGCAGGAAUCACCCCUGACGUCUCUGGUCCGGGAUUUGCGGCCUGUCUCUCCCCAGGAGCAGCAGCGCUCCCUCUGCCAACGGGGAACUGUGCAGACAGAGCGGGAGUUGCGCCUCGCCCAGGAACCGUCCCCAUCUGAAGGAGAAGCACUUAUUGCAGAUGAGAUACCUCAGAGAGAAGGCGAGCCUUUGCGGAGGAAACCGGAGACUUCUCAACACGAGAAGCAAAAAGGAUUUCAAGAUUCAGAGGCCCCUCAGGGCUCCGUAGCUCCUGGAGGCAACCGGAACCUCCCUCAGGACAAAGAGAUUCAGGCUGAACAAGGCCUUCUGCUCCAGGAGUUGAGUCCUGAUACCUUAGAGCCACAGGUUGCGCUGCUGAGGAAAUCAAAAUCCCUGGGGUCUCUGGAGUUCCUGUUGAGCCAGGAUUCGCUGCCCCAAGGAUUGUGGGAUGUGGAAAUCCCUCAGCAAGCACCACAUGGAGGACUGGGGAUGCCCCACCUCCCAGGAGCGCAGGGUAGGGAGAUGGAAGCCGUAGAUGCCCAGACCCAUGGUGACCUCCAGUAUAUUCCACAGAGGGAAACAGAAGCCCUUCAAGAAAACGAAAGGAGGGAAACUUCAGAUCUGGAACCUCAGCGGGAGCCCCUUGCGUCUGGAAACCAGAAGUCCCACACAGUGAGAGGAGUCAAAUAGCCUUUCACACCCAGGGCAC